GGAGUGGAUUCUCCUCCUCCCGGAGUGCCCUACGGCACGGGGGCCGGACCCGGAAGUUCCGGGCAGAGUUCCAAGUGCCAGCGAGUCCUAUUGGGUGCGCGUGGAAACUAGGGUCAUGGCUGCCUCCGGCCCAGCGCUCUGCCUCUUCGACGUGGACGGGACCCUGACGGCCCCGCGGCAGAAAAUUACCAAAGACAUGGAUUGCUUUCUGCAAAAACUGAGGCAGAAGAUCAAAAUUGGCGUUGUCGGUGGGUCGGACUUUGAGAAAGUACAGGAGCAACUGGGAGAUGACGUUAUUAAAAAAUAUGAUUACGUGUUUCCAGAAAAUGGCUUGGUAGCAUACAGAGAUGGGAAACUCUUGUGUAAACAGAAUAUUCAAGGUCACCUAGGUGAAGCCCUAAUCCAGGAUUUAAUCAACUACUGUCUGAGCUACAUCGCAAAAAUCAAGCUCCCGAAGAAGAGGGGCACUUUCAUAGAGUUCCGUAACGGGAUGCUGAACGUGUCGCCGAUCGGAAGAAGCUGCAGCCAGGAAGAACGCAUUGAGUUCUACGAGCUUGAUCUGAAAGAAAACAUAAGACAAAAGUUCGUGGAGGAUCUGCGAAAAGAGUUUGCUGGGAAAGGCCUCACGUUUUCCAUAGGAGGCCAGAUCAGCUUCGACGUCUUCCCCGAUGGCUGGGACAAGAGGUACUGCCUGGGACACGUGGAGAAGGACGGCUAUAAGACCAUCUAUUUCUUCGGCGACAAAACCAUGCCAGGCGGGAAUGACCACGAGAUCUUCACAGACCCCAGGACGGUGGGCUACACGGUGGCGGCGCCCGAGGACACGCGCAGGAUCUGCGAGGAGCUCUUCUACUGACCAGCCCUCACCCUGUGGGAGGGGUCCCCCCAGCCCACCCUGCAGUCCUCGCUAUGGUCCCUGCUCAGCAGGGGAAUGGCCCUCCAUCUCCAGGGCCAGAGGAAAAGGCUUGUCAAGAACGGUUCCCAGGACUGCCUCCAGCAGAGUUACAUCCCCACCCGAGUCUCCGACCACCCCCACUCCACCCCAUUUGUGCAGUCACGGUGCCCCGGGGGUUUUGUUUUUAAACUUCCUCAUCAUUCUGGAAUGGUCCGGAGAGAAUGAAAUGAGUGAGCCUGGACCCUCCCUCUUCAUGGGUCUCAUGGCAAAUGUAACAGAUGUUCAUGCCGGGACCCCCUGCAUCAACACUGGAAGGGGGCUCUUGAUGAGAAAGGACAGGACAUUUAUGAUGAGCCGACCCCAGCACAGACGGUAAAGACAUUUCCAGAAAUGAAGCCCAUGAAUGUCUGCGCUAGCCCAGUGACCACUGACCCCUGGGACUUUGCACAUCUCUGGCUGAGGACUCGGGGUAGCUCCGUAUCCACUACACAUUGGUUCCGGGACAUGGACAGUGGAACCAACAGCCCCACUGAGAACUGGCCCGCAGGCUGGCCCAAGAUGCUGCUCUGAGCCCCGGCCCCGCGAGUGCCGAGGCCAUCGCACUUCACUCCUCAGGGAUCAGGGAAGGGCCUGAGCUGCUAACAGAUCUGGAGCCCGGUCUUUGAAUAAUAAGCCCUCCACCCCACCCCACCCCCACCUAGACUUUGACCCCAGGGCUGGAGCAGCUCUGUCAGGCCUCUGACCCUCUCUCCUCUCCUCCCUCCCGCCUCCCACAAGUUCCUGUGUGGCUGGAAGGACGGCAGCUCUGGCGUCAUCCAGAGCACGGACGCGAGCUUUCCAAGAAACGGUUCACACAUCACUUUUCAGCUUUGGUCCCUCCAGACCAGGGUAGGGUCAGUCCAGGCAUGACCUCUGCUGGGGACUCUCAGACUUGAACCUGAAUCUGGGGGUGGGGGAACUGGAGAGGGGUGUUCUGGCACCCUACAGUUGGUCCCCACCAGGUGCCUUCAUCAUAGAGGAACCUGGUUCCCCCCAGCCUCUCCUGAGCCCGGCUCGUCUUAGCCUGGAAGCAAGAAGCAGCCCCAGGCUGGAGGUCGGCCCCCACUGGCUGACGGUCACAUGCUAGGGUGACCGUUCUCAGCGGUCCUGGGGCAUCUUUCCUGGCUGGAUUUUACAAAUGAUACUGUAAUGAUCUUUCAAAAUGAAAAGUAGCAAAUUAAAGUGAUUUUAUUGGUUCCUGUUUCCCA